AUGCUCACCCAUCAGAAGACCAAGCCCUUCGUGUGCAUCGAGCCAGGCUGCAGCAAGAGCUACUGCGACUACCGCUCCCUGCGCCGGCACUACGAGGUCCAGCAUGGUCUGUGCAUCCUGAAGGAAGCCCCUGCGGAAGAGGAGGCCUGUGGGGACUCCCCCCACGCCCGUGAGGUGGCCGGUCCGCAGGGGGGCUUGCGGUCCCUGGUGCCCCCGGAAGCCAGGUCCCCUGGCUCCCUCUUGCCUAACCGAGACCUCCUGCGCUGUAUCGUGAGCAGCAUCGUCCACCAGAAGAUCGCUUCUCCUGGCCCAGCCCUGGCGGGGCCUUCGGACAGCAGCGAAGGGAGGAACGCGGCCUGUCCCUGCCCACCCUCAUCGGGGUCCUCCUCCUGCACCCCCGUGAGCACCCCUGCAGCCCCAGGAACCCAGAGCACUGAGGUGCCCGAGGAGCCUCGUGCCCCACAGAAGGAGCCGGUCACCGACGUGUUCACAGCCGUCCACUCAAAGGCAGCAGAGAACGGUGGCCCUGACCCAGCUGAGUCGGAGCCGUCCACCCUGGAGGGCUGGCCUGAGGGCGGCUCCCUGCCUGCCCGCCUGCCUCUGUUCAAGGGCCAGGCAGUCCCUGCCAGUUCUCAGCCAUCCAGCCACAACUUCCAGUGGCUUCGGAACCUGCCAGGCUGCUCCAAGAACAAAGGGAACAAUGUGUUUGUGGUCCACAAGCCCUCUGCAGUGCCAUCCAGGGAAGGCCCCCAGUCUGGCCCCGGGCCCAGCAGCAUCUCCCCCACAGGGGAGCCCUCGCUCAGCUCAGGCUCCAGUCUGGAGGAUGUGCUACCCUUUCCUCCCCCGCUCCUGAAGGCGCCUGGGGAGGCCUCAGGUGACCCUAAACGUGCCAGUGGGGAAGAUGACUCCUGGGCUUCCAAGAAGAGCAAGUUUGACUGCGACGCCUUCCCAUGGCAGAGCCCCGGGGAGCCUGGGCUGCAGGACGUCCAGAAGCCAGGAGGGCUCCCAUCGGAUGCCACGCCGCUCUUCCGGCAGCUGUUCCUAAAGUCUCAGGAGUCUCUGGUGAGCCAUGAGCAGAUGCAGGUAUUCCAGAUGUUCACCAAAUCCCACCGGAUCUUCUCCCAUGCCCAGGUUGCAGCAGCUUCCUCCCAGCUCCCUGCGCCCGAGGGCAAGCAGGCUACCCUAAAGCCACUGCAUGGGCCACAGCAGCCACCGCCACUGACACCCAGUGUAGACUCUGUCUAUGCUGGCCCUGGAAACCCGGAGCCAGAGGGAUCCCCGGCCUGCAGGAGAAAAACCACGUCUGCGUUCCCCAGAGAGGCCUCUCCUGGCAGCACAAGAUGGGAUGUGAAAGGAAAACCAAAAGUGGCCACCACUCCUCCGUCCCUCACAGCGUCAUCUCUGGACCCUUCUGGGAAUCCAGACAUCUCACUGGCCAAGCAGUUGAGAUCCACGAAAGGGACCUUGGACCUGGGGGACAUCUUCUCCCCCGGGGGCCCACAGCAGACCCAGUUAGGUGGGGAUGAGCGGUCCAGAGCCCAGGUAUCCAGGAAGCAGGCCCAGGCUGAGAAUGGCACGGCUUCAGGGCUCACGAAAGGUGAAAAGGGCCCAGUCUGCUCCCGGGGCGGAGGCUGCAGGCUCUUUUCCAGCCACCCCAGGGCCCAGCGCUUCUCAGGCUUCCGGAAGGAGAAGGUGAAAACGGAUAUGUGCUGUGCAGCUUCUCCCAGCCAGGUAGCCAUGGCCUCCUUCUCAUCGGCUGGGCCUCCAGCAGACCCACUACGGGACUCAAAGUCCAAGAUGACGAUAUUCAACAGAAUCCAGGGUGGAAAUAUCUACCGGCUCCCUCAUCCAGUGAAAGAGAACAUGGCAGGUGGAUGUAACCAGCAAAACGGGGGCCCCACAGACUGGGAAGAACCAAGGAGCACUUAUGUCUGUAAGAAUUGCAGCCAGAUGUUUUACACCGAGAAAGGGCUGGGCAGCCACAUGUGCUUUCGCAGUGACCAGUGGCCAUCACCUCGAACGAAGCAGGAGCAGCAGGGACAGGAGAAAGACAUGGAAGAGAGAGACAGCAAGGAGUGCAACCAACAUAGGAAGCGGAAGAAGCGCCCCCAGUCCAAGGCAUUGUUCAUGCCUCCUCCCCACUCCACACUUGGGGAGCCGAGCCCCAGAGGGUGCCACCAGAGCUGCCUGCGGGCUCCAGUGUUCCUGGUGGACCGCCUCCUGAAGGGAUUGUUCCAGUGCCCUCCCUACACGCCACCCCCAAUGCUCAGCCCCAUCCGGGAGGGGUCCGGGCUAUAUUUCAAUACUCUCUGUUCCACGUCGGCUCAGGCCAGUCCCGACAAACUCAUCAGCACCAUGCUUGAUCAAGUGGAUGGCUCUUUUGGCAUCUGCAUGGUGAAGGAUGACACCAAGAUUAGCAUUGAACCGCACAUUAACAUAGGAAGCCGCUUUCAGGCUGAGAUCCCAAACCUCCGGGACAGGUCACUGGCUGGAACUGAUGAGCAUGUAGUUUCGCUGGUCUGGAAGCCGUGGGGAGAUAUGAUGACCAACCCGGAGACACAGGAUAGAGUGACUGAACUCUGCAAUGUGGCCUGCUCCAGUGUGAUGCCAGGUGGGGGCACCAACCUGGAGCUCGCUCUGCACUGCCUGCACGAAGCCCAGGGCAACGUUCAGGUUGCCCUGGAGACCCUCCUACUCAGAGGACCCCAGAAGCCGCAGACUCACCCACUUGCCGACUAUCGCUACACAGGUUCAGACGUCUGGACCCCCAUGGAGAAGAGGCUGUUUAAGAAGGCAUUCUGUGCCCACAAGAAAGACUUUUACUUGAUACACAAGACGAUCCAGACAAAGACCGUAGCCCAGUGUGUUGAGUAUUAUUAUAUCUGGAAAAAAAUGAUCAAAUUUGACUGUGGCCGAGCCCCAGGGCUGGAAAAGAGGCUCAAGAGAGAUCUGGAUGAAGCAGACAGGACAGAAGCAAAGGUCACUUGCAGCCCUCCGGAGAGACCCAGCCACCAUCCAACCCCUGGAAUAAAGAUAAAGACCAAGAGUUACAGAAGGGAGUCCAUCCUCAACUCUAGCCCCAACACCGGCCCCAAGCGGACCCCCGAGCCGCCCAGAAGCGUGGAGGGCCACGGCGUUUUUCCCUGCAGAGAGUGUGAGAGGGUGUUCGACAAGAUCAAGAGUCGAAAUGCCCACAUGAAGCGGCACCGGCUUCAGGACCACGUGGAGCCCAUCGUCAGGGUGAAGUGGCCCGUGAAGCCCUUCCAGCUGAAGGAGGAGGAGGAGAAGGAGAUAGGGGCUGACAUUGGCCCCCUGCAGUGGUGAUUCCUGGGUGGAUGGCUGUGGGGGGGCAAGGCAGCAAGUCAGGAUGGGGACCUCCAGCCCUAUCAUGUCUCCCUUUGGCCUCUUCAAGGUGUUUGGGGUACCCCUCUGCCUCCCUCCAACCUUUAGUGUCCCCCAUGGACCAGCCCAGCUUCCAGACUCAGUGGGCAUUUGACCAUAAGUAGGUGGAAAAAUGCACAGUCAUCGGACCACUGUGAAGUCCCUGUUGGCUGGUGCCAGAGGAUCCAGUCUCUUUAGGGUGAUAGUCUCUCCCCUUCUUUCAGUUCCACUCCUCCUGAGUAGGGAGGCUAGGGGAGGGGACAGUUAGGUCUGGGUGGCUCUCAAAUGUUAGCCUCAGUUUUGGGGUUUGGUUCCAUUGUUAGGUAAGGCCAAGACGUAGAGAAUCAGUGGGAAAAUACCUUCAGAUGGCCAAUACGUCAGGGCCCCCUCCAGGGGCUCUCUCUGCAUUCUGGAUUCAGCCCUUAGUCUUGCAAUGACUUGUACAUU